CUAAUCGCGAAGCCUAUACGACUGUUUUGCCGUGAGGUAACCAGGUUGCCGCCACAGCAAACCUAAGAGUUAAAAUUAGCAAUUAAUCAAAUAUAUACGGAUAUUUACACCACAAGAUAACAUAAGCUUAUACUGGAAGAAUUUAUCAAUAAACCUUUGUGUUUUUCAACACAUUUUGAUAAUUUGUGUCGCGCUGUCAUAAAAACAAGAAGAUCGUGAUCUUCAUGGUUCGUUGCUAAUUUAUCGACCAUUACAAGGUUUUAAAUUCUGCAAGAUUGAGAUUGAUAUUUGAAUCAAUUAAAAUGGAAUUUGGAUGAGCAGGGCUUGCAAAUUCAUUUCAUGGCUUUGUAUUUGGAUGUAGCCAAUUUUUGGGAGGCUUUUGAAUAAAGAUGCAAUAUUGCAAAUCUUCUGAUGGAUGCAAAUUCAACACUGAGUCCAAACUCACCUGUAACCUUGGCAGUGAUACCGGCUUCAGAAUCGGCAUAUGCGAAAAUGAAGAAAAUAAUCUCGUCCCCUCGUGGCAAACGAAGAACAAGUACUGCAGGAUCCACCAAUUCAAAAAUUUUUGGAGUGCCCCUUGAUGACAUUGUCCAACGGGACAGCAACGAUAGUGGUGUUCCUGCUGUGGUACAAAAAAUGUGUCAAUUCAUUCUUGAUAAUGGGAUCAUCACUGAAGGAAUUUUCAGGGUUAAUGGUAACAUGAAGACUGUCGAAAAACUGAAGACCCAGUUUGACAAGAACGGUGAUGCAGAUCUCGAGGAGACUAAUGACGUCAUGGCAGUUGCGAGCUUGCUGAAGAUGUUUCUGCGCGAGCUACCAGAUUCUGUUAUUCCAUAUGACAUGCAACCGUCUUUUAUAAAAGCGCAUUCUCAACUUAGAGAAAAUAAAGAACAGCACCUAAUGGUUCUAAGGCACUUAAUACACAAGAUGCCACAGUCAAAUUUUGACCUUUUGAAGUACUUAAUCGAAUUUUUAAAUCAAAUCACAGAUAGUUCAGACACGAACAAGAUGACUCCAGUAGCUCUUGCUGUUGUUUUUGGACCGAAUAUAUUCAGAUGCAGCGACACCCUUCAAGGGCUCCAAGAGCAGGCCUGUGUCAAUGCAAUAACUUGUAAACUCAUAGAACAAAGUGCAUACUUGUUCGCGCCCAACACCUCAAACCCAGAAGAUACCCCUCGCGUUAACAACGAAAGCUCUGUUGGCGUUGAAGUAUCACCCAGGAAAAAGCCUGCUCGACCGCCUCCCCCCAAGCUGACACAAGGAGCUACUUCCCCAAGAAAGGUCUGCGAAGAUGAAAACUCAAACAUGGUGGAUAAUGGAAAUGUUAUUGCGGGAAGCAGCAAAGAUGGAAAGAAUUUGACAGAAACUCGACUGGAAUUGGUCAGGCAGGAAAUGCCAUCUUCUGAUUCUCGCAGUUCAGGGCAGAGUUCAGGAGGCAAACGAUUUCAGAACUCACUAGUUAUAUCAAUCAACGAACCCAAUCGCAGUCAAUCACCUCCAAAACCAGUCAGACACAUUUCAGUUCCAAUGGCCGCCUCCCCAAGUCGAAAACAAAUACUGGAUAACACAAUUCACGAUGCUGUGAAGGAGCAUUUAUUUGGAUCGCAUUUUGUGACGUCAUCGUCAGAGUCAGACACACACGGGAAUGAUGUUACAAAUUCUCAAGAAGAGAGAACACAGGGUGAUUCAAAUCAAACGCCUAUUCGCGAUAUGCUUAAGAGAUACACCGCCGAAAAACUAUCGGCGGCGGACAAGAGAACCAGACCUGCAAGCCACUCGCCCGCCAUGUUCAGCCAGGCAAAUAACACAGGAGACACGCCUCCUUUAGAGACGACAGCUCGAAUGAACGAGCCCAUCGAAAUCAAUCUGAAGUUAUUUGAUGAAAUGAAAGACCAUUGGACCGGUACUUUGACUAGCCUCACAUGCAACAGAGCCCCGCCGCCAAGACGAAAAAAGAAUAAUCGAUUGCAGAGAAAGACGCAAUCUGAAAACAUCGAUGAGUUGAUCAAAAAUGGCACUGGCUAUUCCAGUCUUGAAGUUCCGUUAGGCCGACAGAAAAAUUCAGAUUCAAACGAACUUGAUAUGGACUCAGUGUCAAAGAAUGACAAGAAUAAGUCUUCUAACUCAGAGAAUCCACUUUUGAUUCGAAUUAAAAAUGGGCGAUCGGCAAAAUUACUCAGCGAUGUAUGUGAUGAUGCUGACGAGAAUGAAAACAACCCCCCGAAUGAGUCGAUGGUAUUAUCGUCUUCGAUAAAGGUAAAAGAUAAAACCGCGGAGCCUGAAAAUGGUGGUAGGCCAAUUGUGCCACCUCUCGAUCUGUUUCGAAUGCAGCAGCAGGAAGAGACAGAGGACCCAGCAACCAGAAUCUCACCAAAAGAACGAUUUUCUCAUGUUCUUGCUGAUAGCCCAAUUCGAUCUCCAAGAUAUUUUUCCAGCGAUGGCCAAAAUGAAAGGCAAAUCGACCAUAAACAGCAAAUAUUUCUAGAGAAAAGGCAGGACACAGUGCCAGUGUUGGACAUGUCUGCAAAAGAUUUAAAGAAGCGAAUUGAGUCUCUCAAGAAAAUUAUCGCAAAUUUUGAAACAUCCUUCGAAGAGCAACAUCAUCGACCGCCAAAGUCGUCCGAAAAGGCCCAGGUUAAUAAAUAUAUUGCAGAGCUGGGACGUGCCAAGAAACAGCUAAGAGAACUCAUGACCACAAUCAAAGAAAACCAAGACAGGGGCGACCAAACUGGUACUGAGGCAGUCAGUUUUGCACCAAACUUGAGGGACAUUAAAGUUCGAGGUGGAAAGCCAUCGAAAGAAGACACAUUGAAUGCUUUAUUGAAAAGGCUGAGCGAAAAACGAUCAGUUUCUGGUAGACCGGAGGAAUUAGAGAUGAUGUCACCGGACCAACUGAAAGAUGAAAAGUUAGCCGUGCAAAAGGCCUUGCUGCAAUACGAGAACCUCCAUGGAAGGCCGAGCUCAAAGGAAGACCGGACGUUAAUGCGGCCGAUAUACGAACGAUAUCGUAAAAUCAAACGAUUAAUUGCGACCCCUAGAGAUAAGCAAGAAGAAAAUAAUGCGAAAGGGGAAGAAGUUCCUGACACUGGAAGAUCACAAGAUUCGUCAGACAGUACGGCGAGAGACCUGCAACCAAUAAUGGAAGGUGAAUUUCUUUCUGGCGCAAAGAUGAGCAAUUCAUCAAAAACUGACGAUCCAUUGGCUGGAAAUGACAAUGGUCUCAAUGAUACUUUCAAUAUCACUCGAAAACCAAUGGAUUUCACAGAACGCUUUGAAACUGAGACUGAUGUUAGUGAGCCAGCAGUCACCCUAAACGCACCAAAAUCGACCACUUCGCCCGGAACGAUGAGUGAAGCAGUUCUCCAUGACGCAACUUUAGACGAGUUACUCAAGCAACAGAAACUGGCGAAAAAGUCUCGAAAAAUUCUUGGAAAGAAGCUGAAAGAUUACGAAGAUGAUUUUCUUGCUACUACCGGCAGAAAAGUGCAAAAAGAGGACCGAGGCCCGUUAGAAGAGGACUACAAUGAGUACAAGCAAAUCCGAGCGCGGCUGCGACUUCUGGAGGCCUUGAUCAACAAGAAGAAGGCGAAUCAAACUGUCUAACUGAUUUCUCUUAAAUUGCAUAUAACAAUUCUUCUUACAAAUAAAUGUAUAAUAUUUAUAUCAUAUCUUUAUUUAUACAAUCAUGAUGUACAUAAUGUAAAAACACACUUGAUUAGAUUCGAUUGUUUAGUGUGAGUGUAGACUUAAAACCACGAAGUAUCUGCUACA